ACUUCCUCCUCCCCCACACUCUCCCCAGCUGCUUCAAACCACUCACCAUUAAUGGAAGCAUAAUAAGCAAAAGCAAAAGGAAAUUUACAGAGGAGAAAGAGAAGCAGCAGCACCAAAAUGCUAAUCACUAGAAUGCCAAUUCUCUUCCUCUGCAUGCUCUCAUUAACUGCAUUCUCUGCCGCCGCUGCUGCGGCCGAUGACGAGGCGGCGGCGCUGCUGGCGUUUAAGGCGGUGCUCGCCGACCCCCUCGGCGCGCUCCGCGACUGGACACCGCCGCUGCCGUCGUCGUCGUUGUCGUCGCAUUGCAAUUGGACCGGCGUGCGGUGCGAUUCGCGGGGCUCCGUCACCGGCCUCGACCUCUCCGGCCUCAACCUCAGCGGCUCUGUCGCCGCCGACCCCCUCCGGCGCCUCCCGGCGCUCGCCUACCUCAACCUCUGCUGCAAUUCCUUCUCCUCCCCGCUCCCGAACCCCCUCCCGGGCCUCCCCGCCCUCCGAGAGCUCGACGUCAGCGACAACAACUUCGCCGGCCGGUUCCCUGCCGGCCUCGGCGCCUGCCCCGCCCUGCGCUCCCUCAACGCCUCCGGCAACAACUUCGACGGCCCCCUCCCCGCCGACGUCGGCAACGCCACCGCCCUCCAAGUCCUCGACUUCCGCGGCGGCUUCUUUGCCGGCUCGCUCCCGCCCUCCUACCGCGGCCUGCAGAAGCUCGAAUUCCUCGGCCUCUCCGGCAACAACCUCACCGGAGAGCUCCCCGCGGCGCUCUUCGAGCUCUCCGCAUUGGAGGAGCUCAUCAUCGGAUACAACGAGUUCGAGGGCCCGAUCCCUGCGGCCAUCGGGAACCUGACCAGGCUCCGGUACCUCGACGUGGCGAUUGGGAACUUGAACGGCGCGAUACCGCCGGAGCUCGGGAGGCUCCGGAUGCUGACGACGGCGUACCUGUACAAGAACAACUUCGUCGGCGAUAUUCCGAGAGAAUUGGGCAAUGCAAGCGCGCUGACAAUGCUCGACCUCUCCGACAACGGGCUCACUGGGCCGAUACCGGCGGAGCUUUCGCAGCUGAGUAACCUGCAGCUGCUGAACUUGAUGUGCAACCGGCUGAAGGGCGCGGUGCCCGGCGGCAUCGGCGAAUUGCCGCGGCUGGAGGUUCUGGAGCUGUGGAACAACUCGCUGACGGGGCCGCUGCCCUCCGGCCUCGGGCGAGCCUCGGCGCUGCAGUGGGUGGACGUGUCGACGAACUCGCUGUCGGGGCCGAUCCCCGCGGGGCUCUGCGAUGGCGGCAACCUCACCAAGCUCAUCCUCUUCAGCAACGCGUUCGCGGGGCCGAUCCCGCCGGGGCUGACGGCCUGCGCCUCGCUGGUGCGGGUGCGCGUGCAGAACAACCGCCUGAACGGCUCCGUCCCCGCAGGGCUCGGCCGGCUGCCGCGGCUGCAGCGCCUGGAAUUGGCCGGCAACGAGCUGUCGGGGGAGAUACCCGACGACAUCGCCCUCUCGACGUCGCUCUCCUUCGUCGACCUCUCGCACAACCGCCUCCGGUCGGCGCUCCCCGCGAACAUCCUCUCCGUGCCGACGCUCCAGAGCUUUGCCGCCGCCGACAACGAGCUGACGGGCGGCGUCCCCGACGAGCUGCAGGACUGCCCCUCGCUGUCUGCGCUAGACCUGUCGAGCAACCGCCUGUCCGGCAGCAUUCCCGCGAGCCUCGCGUCGUGCCAGCGGCUCGUCACGCUGAGCCUCCGGAGUAAUAUGUUCGCGGGCACGAUCCCGGCCGAUAUCGCGAUGAUGCCGACGCUGUCGGUGCUCGACUUGUCGAAUAACUUCCUCACCGGAUCGAUACCGGCGAACUUCGGCAGCUCCCCGGCGCUCGAAAUGCUCAAUUUGGCCUACAACAACCUCUCCGGCCCGGUGCCGUCGACGGGGCUGCUGAGGACUAUAAACCCCGACGACCUCGCCGGAAACUCUCGGCUCUGUGGUGGCGUGCCUCCGGACGUGCACGUGAGGCACAUUGCGGCCGGAUGGGCGGUCGGGAUAACGGCGGUGGUUGCGAUUGCCGCCGCGGCGAUCGCGGGGCGGCGGCUGUACCGGCGGUGGUACGUGGACGGCGCAGGCUGCUGCUGCGAGGACCGGUUCGACGAGGAGAGCAGCGGGGUCGCCGGAGCCUGGCCGUGGCGGAUGACGGUGUUCCAGCGGCUGAGCUUCACCAGCGCCGACGUGCUUGCGUGCGUCAAGGAGGCGAACGUCGUCGGGAUGGGCGGGACGGGGAUCGUCUACAAGGCCGACAUGCCCCGGCACCACGUGGUGGUGGCCGUCAAGAAGCUAUGGCGCAGCCGUGGUGCAGGCGACGAUGAUUUAGCCGGAGAGGUGGCACUAUUAGGACGACUGCGGCACCGAAACAUUGUUCGGGUGGUCGGGUACAUGCGGAACGACUCUGACACGAUGAUACUGUACGAGUACAUGCCGAACGGGAGCUUGUGGGAGGCACUGCACAGCGGCGGCAACGGCGGGGCGGGCAGGCUACUGGUCGACUGGGUGGCGAGGUACAAUGUGGCGGCGGGGAUAGCGCAGGGGCUGGCGUACCUGCACCACGACUGCCGGCCGCCGGUGAUUCACCGCGACGUCAAGUCCAGCAAUGUGCUGCUCGACGCGAACCUGGAGGCGCGAAUUGCCGACUUUGGGCUAGCCAGGAUGUUGGAGCGCAAGGACGAGACCGUCUCCACGGUCGCCGGCUCUUGCGGCUACAUCGCGCCAGAGUACGGCUACACUCUAAAGGUGGAUCAGAAGAGCGACAUAUACAGCUUCGGCGUGGUCCUGAUGGAGCUACUGACCGGCAAAAGGCCGAUCGAGCCCGAGUUCGGCGAGGGCCAGGACGUGGUCGGGUGGGUGCGAGAGCGGCUGAGGAGCAACCGCGGGGUCGAGGAGCUGCUGGACCCCACAGUCGGGGGGCGGUGCGAGCAUGUCCGCGAGGAGAUGUUUUUGGUCCUGAGGAUUGCCGUGCUCUGCACCGCACGGUUGCCAAAGGACCGGCCAUCUAUGCGGGACGUGGUCACGAUGCUCGCCGAGGCAAAGCCGCGGAGAAAAAGCACGACCACAACCACGACCACGACCACGACCACGAUCGCGGCCACUACUACUGUUAUCACCACCAAUGUUGUGACUAACAAUAAGCCCGUGUUCACUACCUCCCCGGAUUCUGGGUACCUGUAGGCUUUUUUGGCGCCUCUUUGUAAUAUUUGAAUUCCAAAUUUUCUUUUGUAUGUAUUUUUAAUUUUUUUUUUUUUCAAAUUUCAAUAUUGGAUGUGUCGUAUAUUUUUUUAGAUUUUAUUAUUUUGGUGGUUAGGGAGAAAAAAAAUGGUAUUUGGGAAUAAAUUGUUACUUACUUGUAGAUGUUUUAAAUGUUUAAAAAGAAAUAAAAG